UUUCACAAAGCCAGUUGAAGCUUGUCUUCUUCCGACCUUUUUCUUCCCAACUUUUUUCAUAUAAUACUUCACCAAACCUCUUCAAAUCCUUAGAGGUGAAGCAACCGGAAAGAUCCAACCUUUUUCAAACAUUAUAUAUGGGUCUUUGAUUCAUUGUAUCCACUGUUAUCCACACAUUAUCAUGGAUAAUUUCACUCACAACAAAAAGGAAGAAGCAUUCAACGAUUCAUCCAUGUGCAACCCCAUGAGUAGAACCUUAUCAGACUACGAUAUCGGGGAGUUAUUAAAGCAAUCCAUGGCUGCUGAUGCUGAUCACCGAGGCGAUCCUUUCUCCGCCGUUGACGACGUCGUAUUCGGUAAUGACUACGAUUGUAAGAGUUAUGCCGCCGAUGGUUGUUCCCCCGAUCUCGCUGUUCACUACAGAAAUCUGGAUAUUGUAAAUAGAUUUUCAAGUCAUGGUGGAAUAACAGGGAGUCCUCUUUGGUCAAGAAAUCUCACUUCAAAGAAUUCUAGUAUCACAAUGACUAUGGAUUCCCAAUCUUCAAUCUGUGUUGAAAGUCCAACUUCAGCUACAAAACCAAAAAAUGUGAUUGGGGCAACAAGUGAUGAUGAACAAUCAGAUGAUGAUGAUACAGAGAUUGAAGCAGGUCAAUGUGAACAGAGUAAUGAUCAAAUGGAUGUUAAACGGUUUAAGAGAAUGGUUUCAAACAGAGAAUCUGCAAGGCGUUCAAGAAAAAGAAAGCAAGAUCAUUUAACAGAACUUGAGCAACAAGUGGAACAACUGCGUGGAGAAUACACAACUUUGUUCAAGCAACUCACAAGUGCAAGUCAACAAUUCAAAGAUGCUUCAACCAACAAUCGAGUGCUCAAGGCAGAUGUGGAAGCAUUGAGAGCUAAGGUGAAGCUAGCUGAAGAUAUGGUAGCUAGGGGUUCAUUAACAUCAAGUCUUAGUCACCUUAUUCAGAAUCAUCUAACAACUCCUCAACUCUUCAACAAUCAAAACAUGUCAAGAAUGGGAAAUGUGUCACCAACCAUAACCGUUCGUGGGGAUGACCACCCUGGACUACCCUUGCCAGGUCAGCAUGUGAUGGUGGGCCAUGCGGACAUUUUCAAGAAUGGUAUAAGCAGUGAUGCUGGAAGCUGUGUGUCUGAUAUAUGGCCUUAGGAAUUUGUCUAAUUGCAUCACUUGAACAUAAAAUAAAAAAGGGUUUGUGACUUUUGUAACCCUCUUCGAGUUCGAGUUCUUUGUAGUUUUGGUUUAUGUAAGACUUGUAUUAUUUGAAUAUGUGACAGAUGACUUUGAAGUAGUA